CACUUGGCCAUGAUCGAUACUCUCAUGAUGGCAUAUACCGUAGAGAUGAUCAGCGUUGAGAAAGUGAUUGCGUGCACUCAGCAGUAUUCAUCCUUCUUCCAAGCUACAGAUCUACCUUAUGACAUUGAGGAUGCUGUCAUGUACUGGAUAAACAAGGUAAAUGAACAUUUGAAAGACAUAAUGGAACAGGAACAAAAACUAAAAGAGCAUCACAGUGCAGAAUCUGCAGGAGGUCAAAAGUCUCCUACCAAAUGGUUUUGGAAACUGGUUCCUGCUCGUUACAGGAAGGAGCAAACAUUGCUUAAACAGCUGCCCUGCAUUCCAUUGGUGGAGAAUCUGCUGAAAGAUGGUACAGAUGGUUGUGCUCUGGCAGCCCUGAUCCACUUCUACUGUCCAGAUAUUGUUAAGCUGGAGGAUAUUUGUUUGAAAGAGACAAUGUCUUUGGCUGACAGCUUGUAUAAUCUACAAUUGAUUCAAGAAUUUUGUCAGGAAUACCUUAACCAGUGUUGCCAUUUCAGUCUUGAGGAUAUGCUCUAUGCAGCUUCUUCAAUAAAGAGCAACUACAUGGUGUUCAUGGCAGAAUUAUUCUGGUGGUUUGAAGUGGUGAAGCCACCAUUUGUACAACCUCGCGUUGUUGUGCAUCCCCAAGCUGAACCUGCAAAAGAUGCAGCUUCUGCGCACAGCUUGAAUGCUAACAGAAGAAAUUAUGUGGAUAGCCCAUCUGGUUCUGACUUCGUAGCCAGAUUGGAGAGUCCAAUUUAUACACCACCUCACCAGCUGCAUACACCCCAGCAGCCUUACUCAUCUGUUCCAGGAGUCAUCAGAAGGUCCACAUCAAUGUCUUAUGUAGAUGGGUAUGUAGGGACAUGGCCCAAAGAAAAAAGGUCAUCAUUACAUGGAGUUUCAUUUGACAUUUCUUUUGACAAAGAAAAGAGCGUUCCAGUAACUACUGUAAACAGAGGAAUUACUAGAUCUGUGAGCAAUGAAGGCCUUACACAGAACAUUAACCGCAUGCCGAAACAUCUUAGAAAAAAUCUGUCCUUCAAACCAGUGAAUGGAGAAGAGGAAAAUGAAGAUAUUGAAGAGGAAAAGGACAUGAUGGCUCAUAAAGACACAAAAGCCAAUCAGUCUCUUAACACAAAUCAAAAAAAUGCCAAUGAGAGCAGCCACUACAGGUUUCCAAAUGGAGCUCUGCAAAACAGGGCAGUUCUGGAUGAUUUUGGCAACCAGAUUGAGACACCAAGCAUUGAAGAGGCUUUGCAGAUAAUUCAUGACACUGAAAAAUCUCCCAGAGUUAUCCAGCCAGACCAAAUUACAAAUGGAUUCUUUCUUCACAAUCAGGAAAUGAGCAUCUUGAAUUCAAACAUUAAACCAAAUCAGUCUACCCCUGAUAUAAUUACAGACACAAAAGGUGCUCUAAGUCCUGUGACUGACAAUACAGAAGUAGAUACUGGAAUACACGUCCCUUCAGAAGAUAUUCCAGAGACAAUGGAUGAGGAUUCUUCUUUGCGAGAUUAUACUGUAAGCAUGGACUCUGACAUGGAAGAGCCAUCUAAAUUUCUCCAGGAUUAUGACAUGCGAGCUAGCAAUCACAGAGAUCAAUUAAGUCCAUGUCCUAGCUCAGUAAGUGCUAAAUCACAGGCAGGCAGCAGUGCUUCUUCAAGUUCGGGGGUUAAAAUGACUAGCUUUGCAGAGCAGAAAUUCAGGAAGUUGAAUCACACAGAUAGUAGAAGCAGUGGAAGUAGUUCUCAGAAAACCACACCAGAAGGUUCUGAGCUGAACAUCCCUCAUGUGGUUGCUUGGACUCAUAUUCCUGAGGAGGCAUCUGUUCCUCAAGGAAGAGACACUACGCAGUUACUGGCUUCUGAAAUGGUACAUCUUAGGAUGAAGCUAGAGGAAAAGAGGCGAGCCAUUGAAGCACAGAAGAAGAAAGUUGAAGCUGCAUUCACGAGGCAGCGGCAGAAAAUGGGAAGAACAGCAUUUCUUAAUGUUGUGAAAAAGAAAGGUGAUGGAGUAUCACCUCUCCGAGAAGAAGCAGCAGGAGCUGAAGAUGAGAAGGUUUUCACUGACAGUAAUAGGUUGAAAGAAAAAGAAACUCAAAAAUCAGAAGAACAAACUAGUAAGGCUUCAGAAUUAAUAAAAGAAAACCCUGAAAAUUCUCAUAGCAAAUGGUUAAAAUCUCCUGCUACUCCUAUGGAUGCUGAAAAGCAAUGGAAUUUAGCAAGCCCCUCGGAAGAAAAUUUUAAUGAAGGAGAUAUCUUAGAAUAUACAAAAUCUAUUGAAAAACUAAAUUCUUCACUACACUUUCUGCAACAAGAAAUGCAACGUCUGUCCCUUCAACAGGAGAUGUUGAUGCAGAUGAGAGAGCAGCAGGCUUGGGUUAUUUCUCCUCCUCAGCCUUCUCCUCAAAAGCAGAUUCGGGACUUUAAGUCUUCAUCAAGGCAAAUGGGAACUCCAUCACCCAUUGCACCUUUCUCACAGGAAUCUCCUCGCUCUAUACAUCAAUCUCCACAGUCUUCCAACAGGAAGAAUGCCUCUUUUCACAUUAAAAUGCAAAGGACUCCUAGGCCAAAUGAACUGAAAAUAACACCUCUGAAUCGUACCUUGACUGCCCCGCGGUCUGUGGAUAGUCUUCCCCGUUUGAGGAGAUUUUCUCCAAGUCAGGUUCCCAUUCAGACUAGAUCAUUUGUUUGCUUUGGAGAUGAUGGUGAGCAUAUAGGUGAACCUCAGCUAAGGGGAAAUCUUUUGAAGGAAGUCAAGCCUACAGAAGAGGUAGCAAAAGAAGAAGGACCAAAAUUGCUAAAACAGUGUGAACGGAAGUUGGAGGAAAAGGAGAUGAAGCCUAUUGAAUCUAAUGUUUCUGAAGUAUUAUCUCAGCCUAUCACAGAAACUGUGUGCCUCACCCCAAAUGAAGAUCAGCUAAGCCAACCGAUUUUACCAGCACCAGCUCCUAAAACAGCUAACUUAAUUGAAGUUUCCCUAUCAGAUUUGAAGCCACCAGAAAAAAAUGAAGUGUCUGUUGAGAAGUAUGAAGGUGAGAGUGAUAGAGAACAAUUUGAAGAUGACCAGAAAGUGUGUUGUGGAUUCUUUUUUAAGGAUGAUCAAAAGGCAGAAAAUGAUAUGGCAAUGAAACGAGCAGCACUGUUGGAGAAGCGUUUGAGAAAAAAGACUCUGCUUCGAAAGCAGCAGCUGGAAGCAGAACUAGAACAUAAGAAGGAAGAGACAAGACGCAAAACAGAAGAAGAACGUCAGAAGAAGGAGGAUGAACGAGCACGGCGAGAAUUUAUCAAGCAGGAAUAUAUGAGAAGGAAACAACUAAAGCUUAUGGAAGAAAUGGAUACUGUCAUAAAGCCACGUUCUCUCUCAAUCAAACAAAAAAAGCCACGUCCAAAAUCUAUUCAUAGAGAUCAUAUUGAAUCACCUAAAACACCAAUCAAAGGUCCACCAGGUUCACAGCUUUAUCGUGUUUUUUCAGUAUCUAGUCUUUCAUUGGCAUCGCUGAAUACAGGGGACAAUGAGAGUGUGCAGUCAGGCAAGAGAACACCAAGGUCUGAGUCUGUGGAAGGAUUCUUAUCUCCAAGUCGCUGUGGUAGUCGUAAUGGAGAGAAAGAUUGGGAAAACGCAUCUACAACUUCUUCAGUCGCCUCUGCUACGGAAUACACAGGACCAAAGCUCUUCAAAGAACCCAGUGCUAAAUCCAAUAAGUAUAUAAUUCAGAAUGCGCUGGCACAUUGCUGCUUGGCUGGAAAAGUAAAUGAAGGUCAAAAGAAGAAGAUACUGGAGGAAAUGGAAAAAUCUGAUGCCAAUAAUUUCUUAAUCUUGUUCCGGGAUUCAGGCUGCCAGUUCAGAUCUCUGUAUACGUACUGCCCUGAUACUGAAGAAAUCAAUAAAUUAACGGGAAUAGGUCCCAAAUCUAUCACAAAGAAAAUGAUAGAGGGACUGUAUAAAUACAACUCUGACAGGAAGCAGUUUAGCCACAUACCUGCUAAAACUUUGUCUGCCAGUGUUGAUGCAAUUACCAUUCACAGCCAUUUGUGGCAAACCAAGAGACCAGUAACUCCUAAGAAACUUUUACCCACCAAGGCAUAGUAGAUGGAAAAAAAUUUGCUUCAGAAAAUUACAAUAAACUUGCACUUCAUCUUAUACUGCCUAUAGGAAAUAGAUUUCUAGUUGCCAACAAGACUCUUAAAACUGGACACCAAGUUCUAUUAUCAUGUCCAACUGGAAUGUAAACACAGUGUUUAGGAGUGCAGAAGAUUAUCACUGAGGUGAAUAAUUGAGUGAUUAUGGAAAUGUUUGACUUGUGUGGAGAUUUGUAUGUGCUAAUACAAUAUAUAGAGCAUAUUUGCUCUGUAUUUUGAUUAGAUACACUGAAGCACUGAAUGUUCAUCUUUAGUGACUCAAACUACAUUUUUUUUACAUCUGUUGCCUUAUAUGUUUGUAUUUGUGCUUGUCUUGAAAUACUUUUUCUUUCACUAAAGAAGUACUUCAUAUUCUCAAUACCAUUGAACUUUGCAUACUGACUUACUGUAAAGACUAAAUGAUAAGUUGUAUGUCACUGAAGAACAGCUGAAUGGGUCUGUUCUGCAAGAUCCUCAUUGUGUGCUGUAACAAAAUCAAGAUUCAUUCCCCUGAGUAUUUAUAAUUCUUUUUCACUUAAAUAAUACUGAUUUGCUUAUCCACUAAACAGUUAAAG